UCUAAUCAGGAAAAGUUCAAUGAAAUAUAUGACUGGUGGCACACGGAGAUGCAGGUGAGGAACGUGUCACAGCAGGAGAAGGAACGUGAGAGAAUCAAAGAAGAAGAAAGAAAUAAGAAGGCUAGGGAGGCAGAGGAAUGGAAGAAGGAGAGGCAAAAGUUUCAUAAGGAGAUAGGUCAGCUAUUGGGGGAACAAUUGAAGGAGGUCUGCCGUUCGAUUCAGCCGACUACCGGUGCGAGUAAUCAUAAAGAAGAUGAGAUUGUAAGGUUGAGGCGGGAAUCAGAGGAAUUCCGUAGAAGUAUGGAGGAGAAAAUUGAGAAAUUAACAUUGGAGAACGAGCAGUUGAGAUGUACGAAGGAGGCAACCAAUGAGGGUUACUGUGCCUUAGGCAACAGAUCUGGUGUCAAACGAAGAACCGACGUUCUUGGCGAAGGGGUAGUGGAACCAAACCCGACGACUCAGCGAGAGCAUACCCACCUAUGGAAUCGGCUGAUGCCUCAGACCAAUCUUCGUACUACAUUUGACGAAGUCACAAUCGUAUGCUCUGAGGACGAGGAUGAUGACUCUGCCCCACUAGUCAGGUCUAGUACGAUGAGUAAGAAACGUAAAUACGAGAAUGGGAUCCGAAGAGAUUUACGAGGACAGAAGAAAGUUGAUUUUCUGGAGAUCUGCGCUAAAGAGGGUGUUCAAUUUGCUACGAUCAAGCAAGCUACCGAGGACUUGGUGAAGGUGAGGAUGGAGAAAGCGUUUCCUACCAAACAAGGUGAGUGCAGUCAUGCUUCGGAGGAGGAGGAUGAUUAAGCCAAGACAGGGAAGGGGAAGGAAGGAACCCGCGGUGUGUUACUGGAGGAGAUUGUAGACGAAUAGGGUCUUAUCCCCAGUGCAGAUGCACUCUCGCAGUGCUUAACUAACUAUUAUAGCUCGAGGAUCGAUGCUGUGCUUAUCCGUGAUUCGAAGUCCGAUGGCUUGUUUAGGAUUCUUACUACCAUGCUGAUUUCACGAGGGGAGGUUUCAUGGUUAAUGAAGUUCAAAAGUUAUA